GCGUCUGCCGCCCAGCAGAGAGAGCCGAUUCUGGAAAUCCCUGCUGAGAGUACGGGCACUGGUCUUGUCCAGAGAUGCGUGGUCGUGCAGAAGGGACCAGCUCGGGCUUCGGCUUCACAGUUUGUGGAGAGAGAGUCAAGCUGGUGCAGAAUGUCCGACCAGGUGGUGCAGCAGUGAAGGCCGGGGUUCAUGAAGGGGACAGAAUCAUAAAGGUGAACGGCCAGCUGGUGUCCUCCAUGUCCCAUCAGGAGGUGGUAAAGCUCAUCAAAUCUGGACCGUAUGUCGCUCUGACACUACAAGGACCGCCCCUUUCAGCCUCACUUCCCUUAGAGCCCCUCCACACGGACCUCACCAAUCAAAGAACGUCUCUGGGUGGGGAGGCCCCCCCGACUCCGCCUCCCCCCUUGCCGUCGGGACUGAGCAGUACCCCAUCGCAAAGAAUCACUGGACCCAAACCACUGCAGGACCCAGAAGUACAAAAACAUGCCACUGAGAUACUCAGGAGAAUGCUCGAGCAGGAAGAGGCUGAACUACAGGUUGAUAGAUAG